AUGUCUCGUGACGUCUCGUAUGAGAUUUCUUACUUCAUCAUUCAGGUCAACGAGUGGACUGUUCCUCUCGGGCUAGGCGGUCUGUUUUCAGGGGAGGUACCCUUCCCUGAUGCCAACACGGAGGGUAGGAGUUCUGUCGUUGAUGAGCAGGCGCAGGAUUUCAAGUUUUUCUUCAACGACUUACUAGUGGAUAUGUUCGCCGCCUCAACCGCUCUUGCCGCCUGCGAGCCCAGCUCUGCUUUCUUCGGUUUCAUGGGUAUCACUGCUGCCAUCAGUUUCGCCAACCUCGGUGCCGCCUACGGUACCGCUAAGUCUGGUGUCGGUAUCUGCUCCAUGGGUGUUAUGAGGCCCGAUCUCGUGAUGCGAUCUAUCAUUCCUGUCGUUAUGGCUGGUGUCUUGGGUAUUUACGGUCUCAUCACUUCCGUUAUUAUUAACGGUAAGAUGGAUACCCCCGCUACCUACUCCCAGUACUCUGGCUAUGCCCAUCUCGGUGCCGGUUUGACUGUUGGUCUCUCAUCUCUGGCCGCCGGUUUGGCCAUCGGAAUCGUCGGUGAUUCUGGUGUUCGCGCCAACGCCCAGCAACCCAAGCUUUUCGUCGGUAUGAUCCUCAUCUUGAUCUUCGCCGAAGCUCUGGGUCUAUACGGUCUCAUUGUCGGUCUUGUUGUUGCCUCUACUGCCACUGAGAAGGGUGCCGGUCUUUGCAGCUCCUUUGCUCCUCAGUAAGUCGUCUUCCAUUCAACUCGUCAGUCGCCGCCCUAAGGGAGGUUGAUGUCGUUGUUGAAGGUGGGAGUCGGAAAGCUUCUGUUAAGAUGAUAAUAAGAGUUAUAUAGGCUCAUCGUAUUUCCUUUAAUGCGAUUAGCUAACUACUACCAUUAUUGUGCUGAUGAUAUUCCGCUACCAUUACUGGACUCAUCUGUCUAGUCGUCCGCUCCAAUAUUUGGUCGUACGCUGGUUGGUGUGGUUCAAUUGUGGUGGUAAAUGCUUCAUCGGAGU